AGGGCCCAGCCCCAGGGAGACCUGCCGUCGCUGCUCUCGGGGUACUGAAUGCCCUAGUUGCUCUGGGGGGGUCUCUGGAGAACGGGACACACCCAGGCUGGGUCCACAUGGCUCCAUCCUGACUCCCGCCCGUCCUUGCUGGACCCCCACCACCACCACCACCAUCACAUCCCCACUGCUGUGGCUGGCGGGCACUCCGUCGGGCGAUGCCAGGUGGCCUCGGGGAACCUGGCUGGCAAACCAAGGAGCUUCUGACACCUGUCCCCACGCCGUCUGCGGCAGGGGCAUGGAGGCCACCCCUUCUCCAGGGGGGUGGGGCGGAGGAGGAGGGCAGGGAGGCGUCAGCCACGCUCGCUCGCUCGCUGGCUCGCAGCGAUCUCAGUUAACGCAGGCCGGCGAGGGGGAGCCCCUGGGAACCGCACAGGCCCGCUCGCCGGCAGGGAAGGCUCGGCCCAGGCCGGGCCUGGCGCUCGCAGCCCUUCAGAGGUCGCCACCGGCUCCACGCCGGGCCACGGGCCUCCAAGGGGUCUCCUCUAAACGCUCCUCACAGGGAACCUACUACAGACAGCGUCGCAGAAGGGUCAAAAACAGCCCGGUUCCCGCGGCGGCGGGCGAGCGCCGCAGAGCUGCGGACGGCCCUUACCUGCCACCAGGUGAACCGUGGGAAGGGGACGCGCCGUGGCCAGGACACAGGAUCCCGCCUCUCACCGAGCCCGCGCCGCGCAGCGGUCCGCUCCGCACGCCGCCCGCCGAAGGCGCUGCGCAGCGACAAGAAAUUCCUUCUACUGGUAGAUUCAUGGAAAGGAGCUAAGAUCCAGUUGACAAACAGCUACAAUUGCAAGGUGUUGGAGAUGCCUGUCCACAGGGAACUGGACCGAUAAUUAGACAGUCAUCCAUCAGCAGAACACUAGGAACAGGGAGGAAACACGCAUGUGCAGAAUUUCUGGUUCCACUACCCGCAUCCAGUGAGUGAAGAUCAGCAACUUUGUCUGCUUGUGUUAAAAGCAAAGGCGAGCAGAUACUUGUUCUUGAAGAGAGUGUCUUGCAUGGAUGGUUCUAAAUGCUUGAGUGACCCAGCCAGGUCCACUUCCUGUUCACUGUGUGACCCCAGGGAAAUGACUCUGAGCCCGUUUUUUAUAUCGGAGAGAAAGUGUGCUAGGCACGGCAGUACUGUGCGAGAAGUACUGAGUACCGUGGGCUAGGUACUGCAGGACUGUGCGAGAAGUACUGAGUACCCUGGGCUAGGCACUGCAGUACUGUGUGAGAAGUACUGAGUACCCUGGGCUAGGCACUGCAGUACUGUGUGAGUCCGAUGUGGCAAGGCCUGCCAGGACCAGCCCCUACAUGUUGUAUAGCAGUUUCCUCCAGUUUAAGAAUUCCCAUCAAAUGGAGAAACAAGACACAGGGCGUUUACGGGGAGCGGACAUACUCCAUCCGGCAGGGAAGCCUGUUAAGCUCAGGAAGGAAACAACUCAAAAUUGCUAAGGAAGUUCCUGAAACUGAUCAGAUGCACUAAGCCCUGCCCUUCCCAAGAGAAUAUCAGCUGUAAAGACUACCGAGAGUGACUCUCAGACCUUCAGAUACCUAGAAGGGCUGAGACCGGCAGAGCUGCCUGGAAGACACAGAGACCCACUGAGCUGCCUGCAAAGGACACUCCAACCUGCGGAACUGCCUGCAGGCUGUCAGGGAGCUCAAGCUUUUGUGAGCUGUCACCCAUGCUUGGGGGGGCAGGGCUUAAACGAUGCAGCUGGUACUUCUGUCAUUUGAGCCAUUUCUGUCCCCGGAAGGAACCCCAAUAAAACUCACUGCUUCCCCACGUCGGACCUUGGUGGUUCCUGCACUUCGGUUUCCUGUCUGGAGUGAGCAGACCAUUUGAGUAGACAUUACGUCACAUCUCCCCAGGAAUAGUGUCACACAGCAGUGGCGCACAGUAAACACUAAUGGGAGCAGGGCUGAAUCACUCUCGGAAGAGUGGGAUGGCUCUGGACCUUGAUGCUCCUAAUCAUACCAAAAAACCUCAGCAAGAACUGUGGGGGCCAUGGAGAUGUCUCAGAGGCUGCUUUCCAAGCCGGGGGCCGAGUUCAGUCCUUGGGACUCGCGGUGGUGGGAAAAUGGACUGCAGCAAGUUGUCAUCUGACCUCUACCUUCACACACACACACACACACACACACACACGCACACGCACACGCACACGCACA